CAGAGACUGGUGCUCAUUGAGGAAUAUUGCUGCCUACUAGCCGCUCUUUCAUCCGCUCUUUAGUGUCUCUUGGACCUCACUUCCGAAGACACUAAAAGAAGACACCCCUAUUUUGUCCACACAGACUACACCCCCUCUUCAUGUGACAUUGCUUCCAUUUGCCUCCAAUGCCCAGCACUUCAUGGCAUUGCUAUGUGGAUGGUAACUUCACUUGCCAUUUUCUUGCUUUUUGGCUCAUCCCAUGUGUGACAGCAGUGACCCGAACCACUACUUUUGCUCAGCUCUGGACGGUUGCACUCGUAGCCGUAACAGGGUCUGCAUCCCCGUAGAAAAAGAGGAGGGCUGUCUCUGUGAUUCCAUUACUCAACUGCACUGCAUGGCCAGUAGUUACAGCGAGGGCUGUGGUGGGCAAGAUGGGGUUGAACUGGAUCCUGAGCUGGGAUUGGCCUCUGAGGGGAGUGACAGCAGCCAUGAUCAUCCAGUUUCUUUAGGCUCCAGUCAUGAAGAAAGAAAGCGUUCGCGUCAACCCUUGCAUGAGGAUGUAGAGAUGGGUGGCAGUGGCUCAAGUGGGAGUGGGACAGAAUCCCAUGGUAAUGACUCGCAUGGCAAUGAGUCCAACGGUAAUGAGUCUGUGGACAGUUCAAAUGGCAAUGGAAAGGACUCUGCUCUGUUGGAGUCAUCUGGGAGCAACAAGAGUUCAAACUCUCAUAGCCCCUCCCCACCAAGCAGCUCCAAUGCCUUUAGUCUGGUAAGCUCUGAGCAGGACAACCCUUCAACCAGCGGCUGCAGUAGCGAACAGUCAGCUAAGGCGAAGACCCAGAAAGAACUCUUCAAGACUCUGAAGGAGCUGAAGAUGCAUUUGUCGGCAGAAAAGAGGAGCAAGGGCAAAUCCACCACUGUCAGCACACUCAAAUAUGCCCUGCGGUGCGUCAAACAGGUCAAAGCUAAUGAGGAGUACUACCAGAUGCUUAUGAUCAAUGACAGUCAGCCACCAGGGUUUGAUGUAUCAUCAUAUACCAUUGAGGAAAUCAACAGCAUUACCUCUGAAUACACCCUGAAAAACACUGACAUAUUUGCUGUAGCUGUCUCGCUUAUUACAGGGAAGAUUGUUUAUAUGUCAGACCAGGCAGCAUCCAUCCUGAACUGCAAGCCGGAAAUGUUUAACAACGCCAAGUUUGUGGAAUUCCUGUCACCUCAGGACGUCAGUGUUUUCUACAGCUUCACGACACCAUACCGCCUGCCAUCAUGGAGCAUGUGCACUGGUGCAGAAUCAUCUUCCAUGGAGUGCAUGCAGGAGAAAUCCUUCUUUUGUCGCAUCAGUGGCGGUAAAGAAAGAGAGGGGGACCUGCAGUACUAUCCUUUCCGUAUGACUCCAUACCUGAUGAAAGUCCAGGACAUGGAGCUAUCUGAGGAACAGUUCUGCUGCCUCCUGCUGGCUGAGAGGGUGCAUUCUGGAUAUGAAGCACCCAGGAUUCCUCCUGACAAGCGGAUCUUCACCACCACCCACACACCAAACUGUGUGUUCCAAGAUGUUGAUGAGAGGGCUGUUCCUCUCUUGGGUUACCUCCCACAGGACCUGAUUGGGACACCAUUGCUGCUCAACCUUCACCCAAGUGAUCGACCUUUAAUGUUGGCUGUCCAUCGCAGAAUUCUGCAGUAUGCUGCUCAACCAUUUGAUCAUUCCUCGAUCCGUUUCUGUGCAAGAAAUGGAGAGUACAUCACCCUCGACACCAGCUGGUCCAGCUUUGUCAACCCCUGGAGCCGCAAGGUUUCUUUUGUCAUUGGCAGGCACAAAGUCCGCAUGGGUCCUGUGAAUGAAGAUGUAUUUGCAGCUCCUCCUUUUCACGGAGGGAAGAUCUUGGACUCAGACAUUCAGGAGAUUAGUGAACAGAUUCACAAGCUGCUGCUGCAACCGGUCCACAACAUGGGCUCAAGCGGUUAUGGCAGCCACGGCAGUAAUGGUUCUCACGAGCCACUGGUGGGCAUCAGCUCAUCCAGUGAGAGCAACGGAAAUGUCAACACGGUAGAGGACACAUGCAAGACAAAGCCUUCCAGAACAUUCCAGGAGAUUUGUAAGGGAGUCCACAUGCUGAAGAACCAGGACUCGCAGGUGUGCCUGCACUCCCUUUCCCUUUCGCCAUCACGCUCAACAGCCAAGCCAGAGCAAAAGAAGAGCACUGACACAGAAGCAGCUCAGAAGAGUCCAGCGGUGCGUCUGAAAGACUUGGCUCCCGCUAUGCAGGUGAAGGACAGCACCGCAGCUAGCCUUGAGGACUUGUCCUGCAAAGACCAAACAUUCUGCUCCUACCAGCAGAUUAGCUGCCUCGACAGUGUCAUCAGGUACUUGGAGAGCUGUAACAUCCCCAUCACAGUAAAGAGGAAGUACCAGUUUUCCUCCAACACCACUUCUUCCAACUCAGAUGAUGACAAGAGGGGCUCAGAGGAUGGCAUGCAAGUGCCUCAGGAUGCAAACACAGAUUCUUUGAUGCUUGACACUCAGCGAGGUCUGUCCAACAUGAAAGCACCUAAGAAAACACCAUCUGGAGCAACUGCUGUGGUCGGAGGCACACUGACACCCCUCACCCUGCCAAGUAAGGCUGAAAGCGUUGUGUCCAUCACCUCACAGUGCAGCUACAGCAGCACCAUCGUCCACGUGGGAGACAAGAAACCUCAGCCAGAGUCAGAGAUCAUUGAGGAUGUGGCGGAAAGUCCGGUGCCCCCUGCCCUUCCUGUUAGCAUGGUGUCUCCACCAAGCCAUGAAAAGGAGGCCUACAAGAGACUGGGCCUGACCAAGCAGGUGCUGGCAGCACACACUCAGAAAGAAGAGCAGGCAUUCCUGAAUCGUUGCAGAGAGCUCCACAAUGCCCGGAUCUUCCAAAAGGACUGUUAUUCAUACCUGCACAAGCAAAGAGCUCCAGCUACUGCUGAAGAUUUGUCUGGACUGCGAGCUCCUACUAAACAGAAUACAACCAGGCCGGAGGCCACAACCAAGAAGGGCACCCGCAACCGGAAGUCCAAGAAGCCCCGAAUGCAGCACCCUGACUCCUCAGAUAGUUUUGUGUCUAGCCGAAAACCCCGACCUCCUCUCCAGGGUCUCAACCAAACUUCGUGGUCCCCAUCAGAAGCUUCCCAGUCAGCAUUUAAUGUCUCCUACCCUGCUAUAGUGCCUGCCUACCCACUGUAUCCCACCACCCCAGCUGCCCCACCUCAGGCCCCGUGUACCGAACCUUCUGUUUCAGCAGGCUUUGGAGAGGUGCAGACCAUCCAAGCCCCACCCACUGCCACUCCAUUCCCAGCACCUAUUGUUACACCUGUGGUGGCUCUGGUGCUUCCCAACUACCUCUUCCCGCAAAUAGGGCAGUUAGGACCGCUGGGUGCUGCUUCUAGACCAACUUUCUUUCCUGAACAGACGCCGUCACAGCCUGCAUACAGUACCCAGCAACCGUUUCAACCCCCGCAGUCAAGCUACUCCAUGCAAACACAAUCUCCCUACGUCAGCCAGCAGCCCUUCCCUGUCCAGCCAGGCUUUGCUACCCAGCAGCCUUUUCAGACCCCCCAGAAUGCCUUUGCCACCCAGCAGCCCUUUGCUGCCCAGCCUUCAUUCCCAGUGCAGACUCAAUUUGUGGCUCAACCUCCAUAUUCAGCUCAGCCUUUCUCAUAUGGCCUAGCCCCUGAGCCCUCCAAAAACAUGGCCAUGGAGCCCAGAGAGGGCGCAGUGUCUCGUUCCUCCACUCCAGCCUCUGCUCCUCGAGAGCCCACCACCUCACCACCACUGUUUGAAUCGAGGUGCAGCUCCCCCUUGCAGUUAAAUCUCUUGAGCAUGGAAGAGGCGCAACGAUCACUGGAUCACCAGGACAGCACAGCAGAAAGAGUAGCAGCAACCGCAGCUGAGAAGAAUGGACCCCUGGGGACAUCAGAAAAUUACCAACAGGUGGAGUCUUCAGGUGCUGGUGCUCACAGUGAUGGUAACUCUUCCUCGUGUGACAUGCUGGACAUAUUGCUGCAGGAACAGGAGGAUUCCCACUCUGGCACUGGCUCUGCUACCUCAGGAUCUGUGGGCUCUGUUUCUGGCUCCAGAUCGGGUUCAGGCUGCAAUGGCUACGGUACAUCAGCCAGUGGAGCUUCUGGCAGCAGAAUAGGGAGCAGCAACACAAGCAAGUACUUUGGCAGUGUGGACUCCCUGGAACAUGAGAGUAAGAGCAAAGUCAGAGUUAAAACGAGAGGCGAAGGAGGCUCUGAUGGAGAACGGUCACAGGCUAAAGUCUCAGCCCAAGGGGAGGGAGAACAUUUCAUCAAAUACAUCCUCCAGGAGCCGCUGUGGCUGCUGAUGGCUAAUGCUGAUGACAAGGUCAUGAUGACGUAUCAAAUCCCACCUCGGGACAUUCAGAAGGUUCUGCGGGAAGACAAAGAAAGACUGAAGCAGAUGCAGAAAAGCCAGCCUCACUUCUCCUCAGACCAACGACGAGAACUGAUAGAACAACACCCUUGGAUGAGGAGAGGCGGGUUACCCGUUGCUAUCAAUGUGAAGGAAUGUGUGUACUGUGAAGACACUGUGGCAGUCCCCAUCGAGGAGGACCUGCCAGACAUGGACAUGGGCGAGAUCGGAGAGGAACUAAGCCAAGAAGGCCCAAACUGCCAGGGCCAGUCGGAGGAGACACAGCCUCUGCCAGAUUCUGUCUCCUAAACACCCAACACCAGCAGGGGGCACACUCACUCCAUUGUGGAACCUCAUGAUGAUCUCACACAAUUGUGUGCCUCAUCAUCCUCAUCACACACACACACACAUGACAGCACAGCUUUGUGUUGCCAUAGUGAUAGUUACAAGGACUCAUGCUGCUUGUGUGUUUACAUGUGUAUGCUGGGUUUGGAGACAGCUGACUUGUUUCUGUGAGGGGGCAGCAGUGCUUUUGUGGGGUUCUUGUCUUCAUGAACUGCAAACAGCACUGGCUCUGGUGCGUACACACAUAGAAAAUGUCAGCAGUAGUCUGAGCCCAUCCUGUGUGGAUGGUGAGCUUUGACCUCCAAAUGAUAUAUUAUUUAAAUAUUUCCAAGGCUCUUUGACAGCACUUUAUUGAUCUGAGGCAUUAGGGCCAUCUUAUGUACAAAUUAAUAUAGAAGAGGGAGACCAAAGAGGAGGUUCAUGGAUGUGCUGAGAGACGACAUGCAGGUGGUUGGUGUGACAGAGGAAGAUACAGAGGACAGGGUGAGAUGGAAACAAUUGAUCUGCUGUGGCGACCCCUAACGGGAACAGCUGAAAGACAAAGAAGAAGAUCUUUCCAAAAGUCACUAAUAUUUUUACAAAAUAAUUGUUUACCAGAUUAAAAAUGUCAUCACCGUGCAGCCUAGCAAAGUGCUAUACUGCCAGAUGUUACAUUUGUUUCCUUGUAUAAUACAAAGUCUGACAAGUCAGAUGGUGGGGACCCCCUCCCUCCCUUUUUAACUUCUCUACCUGAAGAAUGUAUUAACACAGCAGUCAACAGAACGAUAAAUGACUCACAUUUCUGAACAGUGAUAAUCUUACUUGUAGUACAAGAUGUUAUUUAUUUUCUAUUCGAACAUUUAUGUGAUAGCUGUGUGAGCUAAAGCCAAAUCCAUUCAGCUGGAAAAACUGAAUAUGAAGAGUUUACAGGUGCUGAUCACCACCUUUACAGGGUCAUUUAAGUCACUUUAGUUAUACUUAAAAACUGGAUCGAGCUGGUCCUAAAAGCAGCACAGGUGCUAAAGGGCAGUUGUGUGACAGAUUAAGAAGCUGCUGAAAUAAGUUUGCAAUAUAGGACCAUACACACUAUUUUAUUUUAAUUGAUACCAGUUUGUUGGAUGUAGGGUACACUUGGGCAUUUGAUUGUCUCAUGAGACUCAAAGAUUCAUUCCACAAAAUGUCUUUGGUUUUAUAUUCUCAACCGUGAUAUUCCAGGCAGAUUCUUUGAACUCCAGUUUCAAGUUUGAGUUGUAUAAACCUUUUACUUAACUUUUUUUUUUUUUUUUUUUUGGUGACUCCACUAAGUCAUGCUUGGACAUGGAACAGUACAGAUGCACUUUUGGUCAAAGUGCAGGAUUAUACAAUGUUGCCAGCAGGGGGCAGUAUUGAGCAUUGCCACAAAGAGUUACAUAUGUAGCAGCUAUUUCAGAAAGUGAAAAUUUUAUAAGGGGAUCCGUGUUGCCUUGGAAACCUGUGUGCUGGUUAGAUCUGCAACUAGCAGGUGUUUAUGUGACGAAUCAAUCUGUCAGUAUUUGUCUAACUAAUUGGUUAGUUCUGUGGUCAACAUAUUUCUGUAUAUUAUAUAUUAUAAUAUUAUAUCUUUGUGCUGGAUCCAUCCUGAGUUUGGCACUUUACCUUGAAUGAUAUAGCUAAAAAAAAUUUAACUGAAAAAAAUUAUAUUUUCUGGACUCAUCGUGUAUACACUAAAAUGUUUCAAACAUUUUAAUUCCAUUAAUUAUGGUCUGCAGAUCCAGAAUAUUAACAAUAUUUCAUUUCAAGUUUGAGUAACUUGCUAUUUACUGUAUGCAGUUUAAAUUCCAUGAUUUUCUGUAAACAAAAACCACAGUCAUAGGAAAGACUGAUGUUCAAGUAGAUCAGAUAAAGGAAAAAUAACAGGAAUAAAUUCUGUGACUUUGUUUUAUUGCUUUUAAUUAUAUUUCAAAAAUAAUCAAAUAUUUUAAGGCAAUUUUGACAAUUACAGAGUUGAAAAUCCAAGUAAAUUCUGCAUUUAUUUAUACAUACCAGGUGGCUGUGGCCCACACUUUGGAAACCAGUGACUUAACUUACAAAUUGGGUUCUUUUUUUAUUAUUUUUGUGGCACUGUUGUUGACUUGAUCAUGCUGAUGACUGCUUUCUCGCAAGAAAGUAACACUCAUUUUGGACAUCUUUAACCAUGCAAUGCCUGUGUCAUCCAGUAUGAAGCAGAAAAAAAAAUUUGUGAUGACAACAAAAAGUAGGAACAACUGUGGAACUUAGUUGAUAGUUGAUUUAUUUUAAAAUUCUU